AAAUAAUUCUUAGUUUGCUUAAGUUCCACUAUUCUGCAAGUUUUGUGUGUAAAAACACAAUCUUGUCCCUCAAAUAAUCUUAAAAAUGAAGCAAUUAGUUGAAAACAAAUCAAAUCUCUAACUAUUACUGGGCCUGGUUAUUAGUAUUUCAAGUUACUAUCAUUGUCAAAAAGAACACAUUUCUCUUAUUAUCUACAUCCAAUUUUUUUUUAUCAUCAGUUGAACUGAAUCAAUUAUGACUCUCGGUACAUAAGAGCAUGAUUAACCCGAACUCUUAAUUUGAUUUGACAUUUUUUUUGUUUUUUUUUUUACACUUAAUUUUCGGCUAAAAACCGAUUCUUAUAUCUUUUAUUUAAGAAAUAGUUCUUAGCUUUUUUUAGUUAAAAGUUAAGAAAUAGUUCUUAGCUGAAACUAAGAACUCAUCCUAAGAACCCGGAUUAAUCAUGGUCUAACCAAUCCUACAACACGAAACAUAAAUAAACAUUUAACCACUUGACUUAAAUCACUUCCUCUUACAGUGGUAUAACCGUAAUAAUAGAUUAAGAGUCUUUCUGUUAAUUACUUAUAACAACCAAUACAUUUUUUUCCUUAUUAAAUAAAUUAAUUAUAAAUGCGAAAAUCCUUGCACAUAGUUUCCCUCCAACUUUCUCCGUGUAUAUAAACUCUCUAGCCUUUCUUUCUCGAGAAACUUUCUACCUCUCUCUCUAGCAAGAAAGUUUCCUCUCAAUUUUCUCGGUAGUUCUUCAGCUUCUCUACUCCAGAACCGCCGCAAUUUUCAUCAGCGAACAAUGGAAAACGAAAUCGCGCCGUUUACUUACAGCGGCAGCUCCGCCGGGAUGAUGAACUCUCACGGAGAAUCGUCCGGUGGCGUCGUCGCGCCUUCUCGCUUCCGCGACCAGCUCUACCAGUCCAGCCGCAGCGUUAUGCAGCAGCGCCGCGAAGAUAUGGUGAACCGAGAGGCCUUGUGUUACACGCGCCUCCACGAGGCGUCUCUCGAAGCGGAAGUGCUCCGUCUGGAGAACGCCGAGCUCCGAUCGCUGAAUCUCCACCUCAAGAAAGAGCUCGACCAGCUCAUCCGAUCCUCUCUCCGCAACCGCUACGACAUGGCUCCUCCGCUUCGGAUGCUUUCCAUCGGAGGGAAUAACGAGAAUCAGAACCCCGCGGGGAAUCAGAAGCGUGACGUCAGCGACGAGAGUCCAACGAGCGUGAUUGGGAAUGAGGAUGUGAACCGCUCUUCGCUGCCGAAGAGCAUCUCCGUUAGAUCCAGCGGUUACUCUAAGGCGAGCCAAGGAGGUGGUGGUGUCUCUCAGUCUCGUGGAGCCAUACCUAAGCCUGGGACUUGUGGUCAACAACUCACUACCACGCAAAAGGUAUAUGUGCGAGGAGGGAAGAAAGAAGAAGCAGAGGAGGAGGAGAUAGAAGUGGAGGUGUAUAACCAAGGGAUGACAAAGACAGAGCUCUGCAACAAGUGGCAAGAGACGGGGGCAUGCCCAUAUGGUGACCACUGCCAGUUCGCUCACGGUAUUAAAGAACUACGCCCGGUGAUCCGCCAUCCUCGUUACAAGACUGAGGUUUGCAGAAUGGUUCUUGCUGGUGAUAUCUGUCCUUAUGGCCACCGUUGUCACUUCCGCCACUCGCUAUCUGACCAAGAGAAGCUUACGGCUGCUGGUUGCACACCCAACAAUAAGUCCUCCGUCAAGGUGGUCAAAUGACCAAAGGUAAAUGACAAAAGAAGGUUUGAAUCGUAUACAUGUAACUGAACAGUAUAGAGAUAUUGAUAGCUAUUCAAAUAGCGUUAUUGGUAAAAAAGGCGAAUAAUGUGCAGCAAGUGUGUUUGACAUUUUGUUUCUCGAUUAUUUCCGAGACUUGCGAUCCGAGAGAAACAGUUUUCGGUUAGUCAGAUGAUUGUUUUGGUAAAUACAUACUAGAAAAUUUUAGUCUG